CGUCCCGACGAUAACCGAGGACCCCGUCCUACACCCCCCUGUGAUGAACGACGACGCCACGCAAGUGACCUUUACGUGCGAGGUCAAGUAUGACAACGCUGACGUCACGGCAGGUUUCGAAGUGUCGUUCCUGUUCGACAACGAGUAUUUCGACGAUGUGGCAAAUAAGACCCUUACAGCGGGGAAAAGGCAUGCAACCAUGGAUGCCAAGCACCUGGGAUUGUACCAGUUGUUCCCAGGACAACCUAUUUUGUGGCCCUCCAAAAUGGGAAAGCAUGUAUCGUGUCAGGUGAGAUCUUUCUGGGAAAAUUCCCCGACAGUGAAAUCUGACUGGCGCCAAAGUAACACAUACUGGGCAGGAAUACAGGCCACCGAACAUAGUGUUGUCAUAGAGGAGGCAGCGGAAGAGUAUCCUUUACAGCUGUACAGCACAGUUCCGUUUGUGUGCAAUGGUGGUUCACAAAAACAGGGACAGUGCUAUAUAGACGUACCCCUGGCCUUUGACGCAAAUGCAGACGACGUCAGUCCAAAAGACGGCUGUCAAAUCAGGUUUGAAGGUUCUGAUUGGGACAGCGUGAACCACCGAACAGAGGCACAAACCGUUCUUGUCGCUGUGAAAGACUUCCAGGCAGACCAUGACAAACACAUGGUCAUCAACUUUGGGGAAAUCACUCAUGCACCUGUCGUUACAAACGGCGUUAGCCCCCAUAUAUUCAACGGAUACACCCCACAAUUCAACAUUCAGGUCCGCACAGUCGACACCAUCACGGGAAGAUGUGUCUCAUGGGGAGACCCUCACAUCAUCAUGUUCGAUCGAUCCGAUGCUUGGCAUCUGCAAGCACAUCCGAUCCCAGCUGGAGAAUUCAACUUGUACAGCAGCACCAAACCAAACCGACUAUUCCAGGUGCAAGCACGUCAUAGACGCUGUUCAGGAAGCAUCUCGUGCAACUGCGGAGUGGCAGUGCGGGAGGGGGACGACGCCGUCAUCAUAGACAGGUGUGACGGGAUCUACCGGCCGCCUUCGUAUAAGACCGUCAGUGGAGGUCCCUUGUCUCCCGGAGUUACCAUCAAAAGAGACCAAACUGGAGGACAAACCAAGAUUACGAUGCCUUCCGGAGCAAGUGUGAAGGUCGAAGGGCACCCAUGGAUGACCAUUACAGUCCGCGCCCCUGGGAUUGACUUUGGUCACACAAACGGACUCUGCGGACCCUUUGACGGGAAUCCCGACAAUGACCUGAUGAUGCCGGACGGCACCAUCGCCAGUCAUCACAUUUGGCCAGACUGGCACAAAGACUUCUCCUCAGGUUGGCGUAUCUCGCCCGGAACAAGUCUCUUUGAUGUAGACUGUCUUCCCGAGGGGCCCAGCAGCCCUCUUGCAGAAAGUGAAUACUGCACAUGUAAAGAAGGUGAAAGCGUGGAAUGUGAUUGGACCAAAACAUGGCAGGACAACAACAUGGCCCAAGUCAACACUGAUGUGGACCCUAACCAGGCGCAGGGUAACAUGGAAUGUGCACGACGGAGGAGGAAGAGAGAAGUUCAGAACAUCGAGGAUGACCCGCUUCUCUACAAUGAUGACGUAGACGUUACCGAAUACGUCUUUGAUUACGGUGAAGGCUCCGAACCUGAAGUCAACGAUCAGUGGCCGACUCCUAAUAUGGGGAUAACGGAACAACAGGCCAGGGACUUCUGUCAGGAAUCCAUCUGGAACUUGACCAUCGCCGAGGUUUGUCAGGACGUCUACGGAGUGGACAUUCUGGCCGGAGUUGAUUCGUGCAUGGCAGACAUAAAGGCUACAGAGGACUUCCAGUUUGCAGACAUUGUGGUGCAGCGAGUCCAGGAAGACUGUGCUGACAAAGCCUACAACAAUGUCAGUCUGUACGAGACCAACGAAAACGGAACAGCGGUGCCUCCAGCCUUCAUCACUGAGAACCUGUGUCCGCGCCAGUGUAGUAACCAAGGCCGGUGUGUGAAUGGCAGUUGUGAGUGCAAUAAGGGGUACGAAUCGGCGGACUGCUCCAUACAGAUCGGCAGGCCUCCAGUGGCUAUGCAAAUCCCUGCUAACGGGCUGUGUGACGUCAGGAGUCGGCCCUGUAUGAAGACGUCCUUCUUCGCUGAUGGAGUGAUGGACUCGGAGAACCUGACCUGUAGGGUCACACAAGUCCAGAUACAAAACGGACAGCUGGUACGCGAAGAUUCAAGUGGCCGCUCCGAGGCGACGUACCGGAGUUUUGCUGAGGUCACGUGUCUCCUGCCAAGGUCACCUGUACGGUACGGAACACCUGCGACUCGCGAGGGCGCGGUGGCUCAUGGGAUGCUGGUGUCCGUUAGUAACGAUGGAGAACGGUUCAGUGAGGAGUUGUUCUUCGCCGUGUACGACUCCGUCUGUCAGGAGUGUACUCAGGGAGGGGACUGUACGUGGAAGCCGGACACCUGUAUUAUCAGAGGGCACUGCUUCAGAAAUGGAGACCCGAACCCGGACAACUGGUGCCAACAAUGCCUGCCGCACCUUUCCAAUACCACGUGGUCUGAUCGUCCAGAUAACAGCCCUCCCAGAUUCACAAUGGCUUCCAAUACGAUAACCAAACUCUCCGAUGAAAGUCUCACCGUCACUUUGGGCGCCGAGGACCCGGAGGGCAGACCCGUGAUGUUCCAAGCAGCGCCGUCUAGCAGCCCUAACCUGACCCUACAGUCAAACGGGGAGCUCACAUGGACCGGGAACCAACCCGUCUCCAUCAACGCCACAGUUGCAGACGAGUGCGGCGCGUCAUCCGAACAGACGUUCCACCUCACCACAAUGUCGUGUCCUUGUGAGAACGGAGGGUCCUGUGUGCCCGAUCCCGACAUGCCCCGCGGACAAGGCUUCUACACCUGCGUGUGUCCUGGGUACACCGGGGCCUUGUGUGAAACUGAGCUGGACGAAUGUCAGUCCAGCCCGUGUGCGAACGGAACCUGUACCGACCUCGUGAACGGUUAUAACUGCACCUGCGCGGAAGGAUACAUCGGUACCCGGUGUGACGUGAGCGUAAACAACAGGUGCGCCCUGGACCCGUGUUUUCCCGACGUCUCCUGUAUCAACUUAGAGGAUGGGGGCUACUCGUGCGGACGGUGUCCUGAGGGAUACGUCGGGAACGGAUACCAGUGCGAAGACAUUAACGAAUGUGACACGGACACCCAUGGCUGUCUCCACGUCUGUAACAAUCUCCCAGGGACCUACGAAUGUGCCUGUACUGACGGCUUCCUUCUGAUCGCCGACGAAUGUCUAGAUCUGGACGAGUGUGCUAUAGAACUUGACGAGUGUUCCCACGACUGUACCAACACGGACGGGUCCUACACGUGUUACUGCCCUGCAGGGUACGAACUCAACGUGGAUGGAAAGACAUGUGAUGACGUGAACGAGUGCGCCAGCUCCCCCUGUCAGAACGGAGGUGAAUGUCAAGACGGAGUCAACCUGUACACAUGUUCGUGUGCCCGCGGCUGGUUUGGAACUCAUUGUGAAGAAGACAUAGACGAAUGUGUGCUGACCAAUCACGGCUGUGAGCACCAGUGUGUGAACACCCCCGGCAGUUACGGAUGCUCCUGCCCGACGGGAUACGUUCUGGGUGCUGAUGACAAAUAUUGUGAAGACGAAGACGAAUGUCUGGAUGAGAGCCUGUGUUCCCAUCUGUGCGCUAACACCGAGGGGAGCUACACCUGCACGUGUCAGCCCGGCUAUGUUCUCAUUCCCGGCACAAAUGAAUGUGAAAACAGACCUGGUACUGGACCCCCGGGACACAACACGGCUACAGAACCUCUGGAACCUGCAGUGUCGACCACUUAUGAUUGCAGGCGCACUCCAUGUACGGUGGACCACCAAGAAUGUGUGAGGGAAGGGGGAACCUACAUCUGCCGAUGUACCACUGGGUACUACCCGGCUAUCAUCGGAUCAGCGACCAGAUGCCGAGAAUCGGUGAAGUACCCUGCAGAAUUCGAAGUGACAGUCACUCACAUUGAUGAAGAUGAGCUUGUCUUCACACCAGCGUUGGGUGACGCCGAGUCAGAGGAGUUCAGAGAGACGGCGAUGAGUCUGGAGACUGCGCUCACCGAGUAUUUUGGAGCCAGUCGUCUGGGUGGACUGUACAGCGGAGUGAAGAUCAAAUCCUUCCGCAGAGGCAGCGUCAUCGCCAGGUUUGACGUGUACCUGUCACAGAGUCCGGCUGAUGAGGAUGACGUAGAGGAUGCACUUUACAAGGCCCUGGAGAACAUUACAGUGGGUUCGUCUGGAGUAAGAAUCGUCCCGUCAUCUUUCAAUGUUAUCAAAACUGAAGAUGACCCGCCUACCCCCUGGUACAAGGAGCCGCUGUACCUGGCACUCGUGUGUACCGGCUGUGCUGUAGGUGUGACCAUCGCUGUGGUGGUGCUGAUGUGCUACUGUAAGAGCAACAGUAAGAAGAAACGGCACAUCGUUGAUGAGAGCGUCGGGGGUGUGCCAGAGCCCGUCCUUCUCCGGGAGCUGCCCGGCGAGGCGAACAAGUCGUUUGACGAUCGUCAGCCGGUCCAGAUCAACUUCCUCGCACCGAUGUACCAGUAGGGGCUUUGCUUUGACUUUAUUGAGUUUGCAACAUGGGUAAUACAAAGAGGGCACAUAGGCAGCGAGGCUUAUAUGUGUGAUCACAUACAUAGAUACACAAUACAAAAGUGAACAAAUAUUAGUAGAGUAAAAAUUUGGUACAUUUUAAAAUUAAUUGCAGCUGGAGCAUAUGCAUAAUAUAUAAGCUAAGAAUUUAAGACUAGGCGCAGCUGGAAGCGAAUCAGCAGGGGCUUUUGCUGUAGAAAUGAUAUGGGGUUGAAAGAUUCCCUCAUGAGCAUAAUAUGUAUGUUUUUGGUUUGUAUCCGAUAGAGAUUUUGUAACAAGUGACAUAAUUUUCUGGAAGUUUUUGUGAAGUUUGUUUCUGAAUGAAAAUAACUUAAGUUGAAUCACUAUAACAAUUCCUUUAACUUAAACGUAUUGUUCCGUUUAUUUGGUACUCUAAGCUUACAAUGCUGUUUUGAAUUAGACAUAUAUUAUUAAAGAUAUGAUUGAUAUGAAUUCCCGAAGACAACAAUACUGGUGGUACGAUGUACUGUUGUAGGUAGGAUAAAGGGGACGUGAUAUUGUAACAGCGACAAUAAACAUAUCCUAUAAAUAACAGUGAUUGAUAAUAAUCGUUCAUUUGUUGUGAAAUACUUAAUGAAUAUACAUUUUAGAAUUAGAUUACACUGCUGUUUGACAAUGUUUUUUUUAGUCCGACGUUGCUUUGAUAUAUUCUGGUUUUGGGGCAACUAGUCUAACAGUUUAUCAGUUCUCUGUCAAGCAGGUCGAUUGUAUAUUAUGUCCACAUUGCACAGUUGUGCCAUUUCCAUUAAAGCAUUUUCCACAACAA